CUUCAAAAUGGACGCUCUUAAUAUGGCUAUUUGCGCUGGGAACCGAACAAUUUCCUUCAUGUAGCGUGCUUUGUGCCGUUACCUCGUAAAUUCUUGCACUUGAUAUCAAAUAUGCAUUCACUUAAGGCACUACGCUUUAUGCGAUUCGCUCGCAACUGCUCUGGAUCGGCACACAAGGCGACACCGCUUGAGUUACACGCAUCGAGAACGGCCGAGGUCAUCGACGGGAAGAGCAUUGCUCGUGAAAUUGAAGGUGAAAUUCGAGCCGCAAUUGAUAAAAUUUUUACUAGAGGUGGUCGGAGGCCUCAGUUGACCGCUGUGUUAGUUGGCGACAACGAAGGAAGUUCAGUCUAUGUGAAGAACAAGAUCAAAGCCGCAAAGAGAACAGGAAUAGCAGCUGAUUGCAUACACCUCCCUUCUUCAACUACACAAGCAGCACUGCUUGAAAUUGUUCAGAGACUGAAUAAUUCUGACAGUGUAGAUGGCAUUCUUGUCCAACUACCACUUCCAUCUCACAUCGAAGAAAGCGUCAUAUGUAAUUCAGUACUGCCAUCCAAGGAUGUGGAUGGUUUUCAUGCUCUUCAAAUGGGACGACUGUGCCUAAACAUGGCUUCCCUUGCUCCUUGUACUCCGCUGGCUAUAGUUGAGAUACUUCAACGCAUUGACAUGAGCACUUAUGGCAAGCAUGUACUAGUAUGUGGGCGUUCAACAAUAGUCGGACUACCUCUAUCCAUUAUGCUUGGCUCAUCAAGAGACUAUGGCAAUGCAACGGUAUCCACCUGCCAUAGCCGUUCCCGUCUGUCCGACCUGAAAGCAUUGGCCCAGAUGGCUGACAUUGUGAUCGCAGCCACCGGUGUACCGGGCCUUAUCACUGCUGAUAUGAUCAAGGAUGGAGCCUGCGUGAUUGAUGUUGGCAUAACAAGAGUAUUGGACGAAGCCUCCGGCAAGACAAGACUUGUUGGAGAUGUUGACUUUAACGGUGUGUCAAGAAAAGCCAGCUUCAUUACCCCAGUUCCUGGAGGCGUUGGUCCAGUAACUGUUGCGAUGUUGAUGAGGAAUACCUUCCUGGCUUACUCUAGAGCAAUAAACUAUUAGUUGACCUAAA